CUCAGGUGACAGCACAGUGCAGUGCACACAUGGACCAGCCCCUCCCACCCCUUAGACAGCUGCGGUGUGGGGGGUGGGAUGAAAGAAGACAGCUCGCGUGCGCGCGACCUUUGUCACGUGACUGCGGCGCUGGGCGGAGCUGGUAAUUGAAAAAGGAGCAUCAUGGUCCACCCUGCUUUUUCUGUAGUUUUUGCUGUUCCUCAGUUACUGCAAAGUACUGCUAGGAUUUUUCCUGCUCGUUCUGCAUUAUUGUGGUUGAGGCACUCGGCUUCUUGUUACUGCACAGCCAACGGCACAAUGAAAUCCAAAAGAAAAAUGGAUCAUCUGGAGAGAACAGCAAAUAACUUUCGACAGGAGGUUAUUUCUCCAGCAAAAGUGUGUGGAUUCACCAAUGAAUCUGAAACAGUUAAAAGGCUACGUUUGGCUGUCAUAAAUAAGGAUUUUACUUUUAAAGCAGGACAGUGGGUAGACUUCUUUAUUCCUGGACUUGAUGUAGUUGGUGGAUUCUCCAUAUGUUCAAGCCCUGGUCUGUUGGAACAAGAGGGAGUAUUGGAACUGGCAGUAAAACAUACAGUACAUCCUCCUGCUCACUGGAUUCACACACAGUGCACCCUUGACUCAGAAGUAGCUCUGCGAGUGGGAGGCGACUUCUGCUUUGAUCCACAGCCUGGAGACUCUCCUGUAAACCUUGUGCUGAUAGCAGGAGGAGUAGGAAUUAACCCAUUGUUCUCCAUACUGCUACACGUAGCAGAUCUUUAUACAAACCAAGAGACCAAGGGAAGCGGGUAUAAAAUGGGAACUGUGAAACUGCUGUACAGUGCAAAGAACACAAAUGAGCUCUUAUUCAAGGAAAAUAUCCUUGGUUUGAUGAAUGCAUUUCCUGGAAAGAUCACAUGCGACUUCCAUGUUACCCAGCAGAGUUUGCAAGUCUGUGAAGAACUUCAGCCAUAUAUUAUAGAGGGAAGAAUAUCUGCAAAGGAUCUGGAAAAACAUGCAUCUAAGGAUACUUUAUGGUACAUCUGUGGUCCACCUCCAAUGAUAGAAUCUAUAUCCAAGUUACUAAAAAACCUUGGUGUUCCUGCAGACUGCAUUUUCUUUGAAAAGUGGUGGUAGCAACAGCUAUUUAGCAGAAACUAAACUAUAUAAAUUAAUUUAUAUAUAUUUUGAUAGACGAAAAAUAACUGAAACGCACUGAAGAUGGAUUCUGCUAUGAACUAACUAAAUGCAAGACAUCACUAGUUACACAUGGAAUCAUCCUGUAUCCAAUAACCAUUCUUAAUGAUACUAUAGUGCACUCUGAUUUGGGUCAUUAUAGUUUUACUGCUUUUGAAGAAAAGCAUGGUGUAUUUUAUAUUAAAGAU